UCAGCAUCAUUAUCUUCUUCUUCUUCACGAGUCUUUGAUUCUUAUUUCCAUACGCAGGAAUUCGAUUCCCACACCAAUAUAAUCUCCGGCGUCUACGAGUAAUAAUUUCCACAAAGGGGAAUAAAGAUAUCUGCUCCGAUCUCAGAAGGAAGAAGAAUGGCAGACAAGCCAAGCAGAGGUCUCGUAGUGUACGGAGACGGGUUGACCCGAUCCGUUAACCCAUCUCAUACUCAUCUCCAUUCUCUCGCUUCUCGAGCCUGCUGCGGCUUCCUCUCCCUCCCUCACUCUCCUCCUUCAGAAAAUGAGGAUGCAAGAAUAGUUAGAGAAUUUGCAGAGCUACUUGAUUCAAGUGAAGCUUAUAAUACAAUGAAUGAACAAGACUCUUCUGAAGCAGGAUCUCAGAAGACCUUUCUAGGGCCAAUUAUUUCUCAGAGGUUCGCAGGGAUGAAAUCUGCUAUUGCUACUAACAAUUCAAGCUUGACUGCGUUCUGCAAUCACAUCGGCUUCACCAUUUUGCAGCCAGAAUGUGUAGUUCGUGACAACCCACAUGCAUUGUCAUUGGAAUUGCUGAAGUUACUAGGGUUUCAAGAUGGAACGGCUUCGGAAACGAGCCAGUUUGAUUUGGUUGUUCUCCAUGUUGAAGAGGAUGGCAUAGAAGAUGUUGAUGGUGUGUUAGGUGAGUUAAUGAAAUUGGCACAACCUGGGACUGAGGUUGGGUCCCGGUUGCACCUAUCCGUCGUUCUGAGCUUUGGGAAUGUUUCAAACGACGACCAUUCUAGAUUUUCCAUUAUCGAUAAUAGGCACGAGAGUAAUUCAGAGCUUCGUAUGUUGUACCCGUGCCAGAGCUAUACAACGAAAGGUGGGAAACCUCGAGAGAACGUUAGACAGCAUUGCCCGAUGUUAGUCGCCCAAUGGCAAGACGGUGUGACUCGAAAGGAUGAGGUCAGAGCAUUUUCCUUUCAGGAUUUUAAAGAGGACUCUGGAAAUCUUGUGAUUCCAGCUGACAGAUUCCUGCAUGAAUUGGCAUUUAAGCUUUGGAAAGCUCCAAAAUAUGGAGCAUGAACAUCUCUCUCUCUUUCAUCUGGAGCACCACGGUUCUUUUGACAUUCGUGAUCAAUGUAAGAAUAAGAUAUUGGGUUCAUUUUAGGUCCCUACAUUGUUUUGUUUAAUUUAUCAUCGAAGUCGUUUCUUCCCUCCCUAACACCUUCUCAAACCCCCACCCCCAGUUUACCCCUUGCACCCACCCCUCCCGGCCCGCAGUGGAUUGUCAUCCAAAGAAGGGGAGACCUGGGGGAGGGGCUGGGCUGGGGUGCAGGGGACGGGCAAGCUAGGUAGGGGAGGGGGUUAGAAAUUACUUCUUGGUCCAAGAGAGCGUUCUAAGUUCUAACACCCUCAAAUGGACCCAAAUCACCCAAUGAUAUAUAUGACAUUGGUCACCAAUGUCAAAUGAAUUCAGUCGCAUUUCAUUUUUUUUGUUGUUGCAAAAUAACGCGUUGUCAAUGAAAACGGAAUCUUUUAAUAACACUUAUGUAUGAUUAAAUUUUGGCAUCUUAAUUAAUUUAUGUAGCAAAGUUUUACAAUGUGUAUGUAUAGCUGAAGUGCCAUUUAUACUGUCCUGUUUG